CGAUGAACGCCAGUCGAAGUUGACUAUAGUAGCGAAGCGGACGUUCAACUGGCCAAAUAAAUACCCUCAACUAUCAUCAUGGUUAAGCUGGGCUUUCUUUCUCUGUUGAUUGCUGCCUGUGUGGUUGCCGCCUUGGCUGCCGGUGAUUGCCCCUCAUCCACCAAGGUUCAGAACUGCACUCCCAAAUGCCUGCACGACAGCGAGUGCAGUGCCAUUGGUGGCAAGUGCUGCCCAAAUUUGUGCAACGGUCGCAGCUGCGUGCAACCCAAUUUGCUGGGUAAUUCCGGUGCCGAUAAGUCACCCUUUGGCAGCAAAAAUACCGGAUCCACUGGCAGCUAUUGUGGCAAUGUCAAGUGCGGCAGCUUUGAGAAAUGCGAAAUGGACCGCAGCACCAAGCGGCCCAAGUGCGUGCGAUCGUGAAAAGUGGACUCCACGGCAUCGACACCACCAACAACAACAACCACUACGCGUUAUGAAAACUUUUCUUUGUCACUAAAUGGAAACUUGUAAACCCGCAAUUGUCUCUGAA